AUGGCAAAUCAACGAGAGAAACAACUGCAUCGCGCGCGCCUGGUCGCCAGCGUCGCAGCUACCGUCAUCUCUCUGGCGUGCGGUACCAACUACGUUUACUCAGCAUGGGCGCCUCAAUUCGCUGAGCGACUGAAGCUUUCCUCGACCGAAACAAACGUUAUUGGCCUUUCCGCCAACUUAGGAAUGUAUUCGUUGGGCGUUCCCGUCGGCAUACUCGUUGACCACAAAGGCCCUCGCCUUGCAGUUAUCCUCGGCUCCGUCUUGCUCGCUCUUGGAUACUUCCCAUUCCAUAUCGCUUACGAUCGCGCCGCUGCUCCGGUGCCGCUCCUCUGUUUCUUUUCAUAUCUGACUGGCCUCGGUGGAUGUCUGGCCUUUGCAGCGGCCGUGAAGACAUCUGCUUUGAACUGGCCGCAUCACCGGGGCACCGCAACGGCAUUUCCUCUGGCAGCUUUUGGCUUGAGUGCCUUUUUUUUCUCGACCUUUGGAACAAUCUUUUUCCCAGGAAACACAAGUGCCUUUCUGGCUCUGCUCUCUUUUGGAACCUGCGGGCUGACUUUCCUCGGCUUCUUUUUCUUGCGUGUCUGGCCCCAUGCCAAUUAUCACAGCGUGCCCACCGGUGAUGUCCUAUCUGGCUCGCAGCAGCUUCGUCGUACGUCCUCGGAAGAGGCCAGACCCAAUCGCCCAGGUCAUGGACACAGCGCCUCCCUGAUUGAACCUGGUACGUCGCUUAAAGUUGCCAAUACUACUACUGCCACCACCCACUAUGAGCCGGUCCAGCCAGAACACGAACCGUCUGCGCCGUCUCUCGAGGCUGAUGAGGCGCAAAUCGAAGACAUCGAUGCCGAUGAUUAUGAGCCCAACGAGACGUCCUCGCUGGUGUCGAGCACCUCCUCUAUGCCCGGUGAUGUCUUUGUGCAGAGUAGUGUUGAUCUGGAUCGUUCUCAUCGAAUAGAUAUUCGUGGCUGGGCACUUCUGCGUGAGAUCGAUUUUUGGCAAUUGUUCAUCGUCAUGGGAAUCCUUACUGGUAUCGGCCUGAUGACCAUCAACAACAUUGGGAAUGACGUUAAAGCUCUAUGGCGCCAUUGGGACGAGUCUGUAGAUGAGGCGUAUCUCAUCACAAGGCAGCAGAUGCACGUGUCCAUCUUGUCAGUAUGCAGUUUUGCUGGCAGGCUCCUUAGCGGCGUCGGCUCAGAUUUGAUCAAGCGGCUCAACGGCAGUCGAGUCUGGUGCCUUGUGGCAUCCAGUGCCGUCUUCUUUGUAGCUCAAGUUCUGGCUCUCCACGUCAUUAACCCUCACUUGCUUGGAUUGGUCUCUGGUCUUUCUGGCAUUGCGUACGGCUUCCUUUUUGGAGUAUUCCCCUCCAUCGUAGCCGAAACGUUUGGAAUCCACGGGCUCAGCCAAAACUGGGGUUUGAUGACGCUAUCACCUGUUGUCUCGGGUAACGUGUUCAACAUUUUCUAUGGAAAGAUCUACGACAAGCAUAGUGUUUUGGGACCGGAUGGCGAGCGUGUUUGUCACGAAGGGCUAGAAUGCUAUCGCGCAGCAUACCUGAUGACACUCGGGGCAUGCUCUGUUGGUCUGAUCCUUACGCUAUGGGUUAUCUACCACCAGCGACUUAAAUGGGCCAAGGAAGAAAAGAGCAAGGCUGAACAGGUCGACUGA